AUGUAUGAAUGUCAUUAUGCACAGGUGAUGUUAUCAGCUGGGACAGACACAUCAUCCGGCAUAAUGGAAUGGACAUUAUCAGCUCUGUUGAACAAUCCGGCAUGCCUGACGAAAGCUCAGAAAGAAAUUGACGUCAAAAUCGGUUACUCAAGGCUCAUUAACGACUCGGACUUGGGUGGUCUCUCAUAUCUUCAUGGAGUUAUAAACGAAACAUUCCGGAUGUACCCAGUUGCCCCUCUUCUCGCCCCCCACAUAUCAUCCGAAGAAUGCAUUGUAGGAGGCUACCGAGUUCCUCGGGGUUCCAUGCUAAUUGUGAACUCAUGGGCGAUGCAGAAUGAUCCAGAGCUAUGGGAGGAUUCGACGAAAUUUAAACCUGAGAGAUUUGUGGAUAUGGAAGGACAAAAAUAUGGGUUUGUGUUUAUGCCAUUUGGGCAUGGGAGAAGAGGAUGUCCUGGGGAGAAUCUUGCAAUGAGAGUUGUUGAGUUGACAUUAGGGUUGGUACUUCAGUGUUUUGAUUGGGAAAGAGUUGGAGAGGAAUUGGUAGAUAUGAGUGAAGGUCCAGGGCUAACUAUGCCUAAGGCUAAUCCUCUGGUUGCUAAGUGUAGGACGCGCCCAGAAAUGAUUAAACUUCUUUCUCAUUUGUAA